ACGGCGGCGCCAUGGCGCUCCUCCUCCGCAGGCUCCGGCCGCUCUUCCGAGAGGCGCCUGCUCGGGCGGCGGGAGGCCGACCUGUUAGUCUUGUGCUCGGCGCCAGGGCGGGACACGGGGACGCAGGGUCUCUUACAAAGCAUGAGCCAUCUCUCACCAAGAGUGAGUGGCGAAAGAAGCUGACUCCCGAGCAGUUCUAUGUCACCAGAGAAAAAGGAACUGAACCGCCUUUCAGUGGGACCUACCUGAAUAACAAGGCAUCGGGAAUGUAUCACUGUGUGUGCUGUGACAGCCCACUCUUCAGUUCUGAGAAAAAGUACUGCUCCGGCACUGGAUGGCCUUCGUUUUCUGAGGCCCACGGUACGUCUGGCUCUGAUGAAAGCAACGCAGGAAUCCUGAGGCGCGUGGACACCUCACUGGGAGCAGCUCGCACAGAGGUUGUCUGCAAGCAGUGUGAAGCUCACCUCGGCCAUGUGUUUCCUGAUGGACCUGGGCCUGCUGGUCAGAGGUUUUGCAUCAACAGUGUGGCCCUGAAGUUCAAACCAGGGCAACCCUGACUCUCUCCAAGAGUCAGUCCCUUUCCCUUGCCACUCCUUCACUUACACCCUCACUUUUUAAAAUUCCUGUGACUGACUGGUUUUAUUUAAUACCCAACUGGGCUACAUUUGCUGCUGGCACCAAGCAAGUCACAACCUCUCUAAUUUAUUUAUCUGGAAUGAACUCAUCCCUGACUCCUGCUCUGACUGAGGAAUUUCACAGAAUGACAGAAGGGCAGCCAUUUCCAGCCACUGACUUCUGUAGGCUCUGCCUGGGAUGCGAGGGCAUGAUUCUUUGGGGACAUUAGGAGGCUAAUGGACUGUAAGCCCAAAAAUUCCUACAAAACUACCCUGAACUUUCCAUUGCAGUUAAGUCCUUCAUGGAUGUAUAUACAUGAGGCAUUGAGUGAAAAAGUGGAAGGAAAAUAAGGGAUUAAUCAACAAUCCAGCAUUGAAAGAAGUACCCAGGAGUAGGAUUGUGGAAGAGCUGUGAUUUGGGAGGCACCCAUGGUGAUGGAUGGGGUACAUGACUCUUAAAAUUUUGGAAUGUCUUGAACAUUCUAAUUCCAAUCUUUUGACCCUCAAAUAAGUUCUAAUGGGAGCUUGUUAGAUUUCAGCAAUAGUGAGUAAAAGUGCAUACUAAACUUUUCAAUGUUGAAAUAAAAACCAAUAUUUGUUCACUUUUUGUCU